AAUCACGACGGAGAUGGCUGGAUAUGAGAGAACCUCGGAUCAUGUGAGGGACUUUAUCCAGUGCUUCAGCCUUAAUAACUGCGCUCUUGGGAGCCAGGGCUAUAACCGAGUUCUCCUACAGCUGUUUGGGUAUAUGGGCCAUGGCAAGUCCACCCUCAUCAACUCAUGCAAGUACGUAUUAGAUGAUGGAGAAUAUCACAAUUAUGCCAAAGCAUCAGCUUCCCAUCAGAGCGUCACUUACAGCAGAACAGCCUACCCCCUCACCGACACCAUCACCAUUGUGGAUAACAGGGGGUGCGCUACGUUCAACACGUAUGAGACGGGAGAAAUUUACGCCCAACUGGGCAACUUCAUUCCACUCAAUGAACUGGUUGAAUGGACAAAUAACUAUGAACAGAUGAUUUACAGAUUGGAGGACUCAGAAAUGGAUCCUAAUUUCACAGAUUUUACUAUUCCUGUGUUUGUUUACAGCAUUAAAAAGGGCCUCGCUGAAGGGGAGAAGAAAGAGACCAAAGAGUUCAUUGACAACUGUCGGAAAAUGACAGGAGUCUAUCCAAUUGUGGUUCUGACCAACAAAACCUGUGGUGACUUCAAACAGGCCGAGAAGGAGUUCCUGCUGAUGGGAGUGGAAAAGGUGAUUAAGGUAGAAAACUACACAAUGGAGGAUCAUGGCAGAACCCAAGGGCGCCACAAGGAGAUCCUACACCUUCUUUACAGCGUUCUGGAAGAUGUCAACUUCCAGAUGAAAUUUAAGAGGAACCCCAGGAAAGAGAGGGUGGAGCGCAAGAAGUUUCUGCUAAAAUUUCUACACGAGAGAGAAGUGAAGCAAAAACUGGAGCAAAUGCGUCGGCAAGAGACAACAAUCGUUGUUAUUAAACUAGAGGAAAAUUAGCAGGGGUAUUUGCCGAAUUAUUAUUAUGACUAGGUUGUUCAGCGCCAUUUUGAUAAUCUCAAUAACAAGACACCCUCAUAGCACAAAUCCAUCCAUAUGAAACCCCGGCCUCUGCCUCUGACUGGCCCAGGCGUUUAUGUUUAUUACCAGGUGAAAAAAAUGUAUUUACAUAACAUUCAGGUUGUUGUGAUGACGAAAGACCCUCUUGUAUCUGCUGUGAUACAAUGGAAGAUACUGCCAUGUCCGAUGUUUAUAUUUAUAACUUUAAUAAUACACAUUCCACUGCCUAUUUAGUACAUUUAGAUUUGUUAUUAUGAAAUGAAGGUUUAAUCGUCAGCUGGGCGAGGGUGAUAAGAACACAUUUUCCAAUAAUAAGAUAUGACAUGUGACACUGUUGACAGGGAUUGCUUUAUGGGUAUAUGUUUUUGGAUUUUUUUUAGAAUUCCAUCACUCCACACCCUUUAAUAUUCAUACUUUAGGUGCUUUAAGACAUUCAUCACAUAGAUAGAUUCUCUUGCAAUGAUUAUGGCCCGACCGUGAAUGGCUGGCGUGAUGGGCAGCUUGGUCAGCCUCCAAACUAAGGGAUAAUUGCUAUAAAAGUCUCCUGGGUCAGCGAUCUCCCAAUAGAAGUCACCAGUAGACAAGACCUUACAAGUUAUGGGCACUCACAAGAUUUCUGAAGAUUUAUUAGAUCAGAUUUAUUCUUUCAUGGUGAUGACCUCCUCAGUAUUCAGUAGAAGAACAAGAGUCUCUUUAUCUUGUGGUGAUACCUUAAUAUGUUUGUGGUUUAACUGCCUUACUCCAGCUAAAUGAUUACACAAUGUUUGCAUAACUACCAAAUAUUUACUGUUUUUUAAUGGUUGGAGUCACUAAAACUAAUCAAUGUUGGCUUUUUCUUAACAUAGAUACUAUAUCAUAUGACUCUGUGUAGACUGUAAGGUUUUAUAGAUAUAACAUCAAGCACUCCGGACUGUAGAGAUC